AAUGAAUAUCAUAAAACAUACUGUAGGUGAAAUGAGUGCUAAUAUUUUAAAAUUUCAGAUACUUAAGCAAGUUGGAGCUAAAUAUAAGCAGAUUGAGUUGAAUGAAAUGGAAAAUGGAUUAAAAAUAUUGGAAAAACUAGGCGAAAUGACCGAUCACGCUACUCUUCCGAGAGUCUUUAUUAAAGGAAAAUGUAUAGGCGGGGCUCAAGAACUAGCUGAUUUACACAAGAGCGGUGAACUGAAGGUAAUGCUUAAAAAUCUAAAUGCAAUAUGGUCAGAAAAUGAAAAAGAAUCAGGCCAAAAAAUUGACGAGAUUGAAGAAGAUCAAAAUGAAAACGAGGAAGAAGUCCGAAGAGAUUCAACUAUUAGCACAAACUAA